AUGGAAAAGUAUUUUAAGAAAACCUCUCAAUCUUGUCAUUCUUGCGCAUCGACACCAACAGUGGAUUUAGAAAAAAAUGAAGAUGAACAAAGAAAUAAAAGGAAUCGAACAAUUGGUGAAUCAUCAAAAAGCACGUUAACAGAUAUAGAUAAUCUUCAAUCAGAUCCUGGAUUACGUAUACCUAUUUCUGAAUUUAGUUUUAACAUUCGUGAUCAAAUUCGAAGAUCAUAUUUGCAAAAAGGGCCAUGUCAGCCUCGCAAUCAUGACUGCCCUAAAAGUAAGUUUGGAAUGAAAGACCGACGUUUCAAUCCGAGGUGGUUUGAUAAAUACUCUAGUUGGUUAGAGUAUAGUAUUCAGAAGGAUAAAGCAUACUGUUUGUAUUGUUAUCUUUUUGGAGUAGAAGGGAGAGGAAAAGAAGAUGAUGAGGCAUUUCGUAGAAAUGGAUUCUCAAAUUGGAAAAAACCAGAUAGAUUUGAUCUUCAUAUUGGAGGACCUAAUAGUGCUCAUAAUAAUGCAAGGCAAAAUUGUGAGGAUUUAAUGAAACAAGAUCAAAAUAUACACUUUGCCUUUCAUGUGCAGUCUGAUCGAACUACAAAUGCAUACCGUAUUCGCUUAAAUUCAUCUAUUGAUUGUGUGAAAUUCUUAUUAAGACAAGCUAACCAUAAUGAAAAUAUAAGUAGUGUUAUACUGAAGAAUGCACCUGAGAAUUUGAAAUUAACUGCCCCUGAUAUUCAGAAAGAUAUUUGUAGAGCUAUUUCCCUUGCAAUUACAGACUACAUAAAAGAAGAAGUUGGUGAUAGUUUCUUCUCUAUUCUUGUUGAUGAAGCUCGUGAUAUAUCAGCAAAAGAACAAAUGGCUCUUAUUAUACGAUAUGUGAAUGAGAAAGGUCAAAUUAUUCAACGUUUUUUGGCUAUUGUACAUGUUCCUGAAACUUCAGCUAGAUGUCUCAAAAAAGAAGUUGAACAAGUCCUUUCAAAUUAUUGUUUGUCUCACUCUAAAAUUCGUGGUCAUGGUUAUGAUGGCGCGAGCAAUAUGAGAGGAGAAUUCAAUGGGUUUCAAAUGUGA